AUGACGCGCGCCGGCGGCCGGAGCCCCCUGGCCCCUCGUCGCACGCUCCCGGCCACCGUCGUCGACGACACGGUGGCGGCCGCCGCCAUCCUGCUCGACAAGUGGCACCCGGACGAGGACUCCUUCGGCAGCUCGCUCUUCCUCGACUCCACCCCGGACGAGGUCGACGCCUUCCUGCGCGCCGCCAAGGACCUCCACCGCGCCAUGCUCUUCUACGCCUCGGGAGUCGCCACCACCGCCGACGCCCUCCACGCCGGGGGCCAUGGCCUCAUCCACGCGCAGGAGCUUCUCGACACGGCCAUGCGGAGGCUCCAGCGCGAGCUCCAGCUACUCCUCACCUCCCUCCCCGCCGUCCUCCGCUUCCGCCAAGAUGAUGAUGAUGGUGAGGUUGAUGAUGACCACGAGCAAGACGAUGACCAAAGCCUGAUGGACACCUGCGCUCACCUUCGCGUGGUCGCGGAGGCCAUGAUGGCCGCCGGGUACGGCAAGGAGUGCGUGUCCAUCUUCAAGGCGCGCCGUCGCACGGCGGUCACCGCCAACCUGCAGCGCCUGCACGGCUUCUCGCUGUCCCCGCAGCACGCGCAGGUCCAUAAGCUCUCCUGGGAGCAGGUCGACGCCAAGAUACAGUCCUGGCUCGCCGGCGCGCGCGUCGCCUUCACGUCCGUCUUCUCCGCCGAGCGGGAGCUCUGCGACCGCGUCUUCAUCGGCGACAACGAGGGCGUCGGCGACGCGGUGUUCGGAGCCAUCGCGGACGAUCACGCCACCAACAUCCUAGCGGUCGCCGAGGCUGCCGUCGGGCGGGCACGGCGCGCGCCGGAGCGGCUGUUCCGCGUGCUCGACGUCCACGACGCGCUCACCGAAACCAUACUCCCGGCCAUCGUCUCCGCGUUCGGGGAAAAGUCGGAGGUCACUUCCCGCGCCGCCACCCUCGUGACGACCAAGGUCAGCGAGGCGGUCCGGAGCAUGGUGGCCAGCUUCGAGGCAGCCAUCGAGAAAGAGCCGUCCAAGGGCACGGUGCCCGGCGGCGCAGUGCACCCGCUCACCCGCUACGUCAUGAACUACCUCAGCUUCCUCGCCGACUACGAGAACGCGCUGGCUCACAUAUACUUCUACCAACAAGGAGUCGGGGUAGGAGCAGACCAGUUCACGGACACGUCAUCCCUCGCCUCUGGCAGCAUGGGCUCGUCGUCGGAUCUCUCGUCGUCGUCGUCUUCCUCGCCGGCGUUGAGCGUGUGGUCGAACCCCAUCGGUUGGCUCGUGCAUGUGCUGCUACGGAAGCUGGACGCGAAGGCCGGGAGCUACCGGGAACCGGCGCUGAGCUACUUGUUCCUGGCGAACAACACGCACUACGUGGCCAAGAAGGUGGGCGGCGGCACGAAGCUGGAGCGGAUCCUCGGGGAGGAGUGGGCGGAGGCGCAGAUGGCCAAGGCGCGCGGGUACGUUGACGUGUACGUGCGCGCGGCGUGGGGGAGCAAGGUGCUUCGCGGCGGCGCGGUGGAGGAGGCGGUGGUGCAGAUGGUGGCGAUGCAAGAGAAGUGGGUGGCGGCAGACGACGAGAUGGGGGAGGCGCUGAGAGCGGCGGCCAAGGAGGCCGUGGUGCCCAUGUACAGGCUCUUCUACCGGCGGCAGGGCGCUGUGGCCAGACUGACGCCGGGGGACGUGAUCACCAUGAUAGACGAGCUGUUCGGCGGGCGGAAUGCGGGAGCAGGUGACGAGAGCGUCGCCGCAGCUGGUCGCCGGCGGUCGUCACAGCAGCAGCAGCAGCACCAAGAGGUUCCGGUCGAAAUCAAAAAUGGGAAUACAAGGAGACAGCGCGUCACUAUCACUGAUUAA